CAGGCCUGGGCUGCCAUGGAUACCGUGUCCCUGGAGCAUCAGAUCCAGAGCGUGCAACGCCACAUCAGCUUCCUGAAAAAGGAGCAGAUGGCCCUGCUUCGAGACCUGCACCUGGAGAUCCUGAGGCUGCAAAAGCGCUGCUCAGAACUGACCCAUGACCUGGAGAUGAGAGAGGUCCAGUCUCACCAGCAAGAAGAGGCGUCCCGGGAGCUGGAGAACAAGUGCCGCGCGCUAGAGUCGCAGCUGGAGGCCCGAGCUGCGGCCAACGCCGAGCUGCGGCGGGAGGUGGCGCAACGGGAGGCGCUGGUGUCUGCGCUGCGCUGCAGCCUGCGCUCGGAGGAGCGCCGCUUUCUGGAGGAGCUGCGGCGCCGCAGCCACCGCGCCACCGUGCUGGGCACCGAGCUGCAGAAGCACACCGAAGCGGCUGCCUACCUCUCCUGCCAGCUGCACGCCGCGCGCCAGAGACUGCAGGCCCCGCGCCCCGGCGCCGCUGCCGCCGAAACCCGACCCCGCCGACGCGCACAACGGGCCCGCCGCCCUCCCGAGGCGGCCGCCAAGGGGCCGGGCCGGGACUGGGCGACCUGGGACGACGCCGAUCCCAUGCCGGACCCCGCUCUCUUUCUAUACCCGCGGAGGCCGCCACGACCUAGCCCCCGCGGCCCGCGCCCUCUCCCACGCCAGGAGCUGCGGGACCAAGACGCCCCGCACCCCGUGUCACACCAGGAGUCCCCGGACCAAGGCGGCCCGCACCGGGGGCCCGUUGAGAGCCCAGACGCCACCCCCAGCGCCCUAGGGGAUCCUGAGUAG